GCACCAGAAGACAGGAAAUAAUAAAGAUUAGAGCAGAAAUAAAUGAAAUAGAGAACUGAAAAACAGUAGGAAGAAUUAAGAAAACCAAAGGUUGGUUCUUUAAAAGAUCAACAAAGUGGGCAAACCAUUGGCCAGACUGAAAAAACAGGAGAGGAAGCAAACAAUCCAAAUAAGAAAUUAGAUGAGGACAUUACAGCAGACCUAACUGAAUUAAAAAGAACCAUAACAGAAUACUAUGAAAAAUUAUACUCCCAGCAAAUUUGAGAACCUAGAGGAAAUGGACAAAUUUCUAGAAACACACUGCCUACCUAAACUAACACAAACUGAGAUAGAAAAUCUGAACAGACCUGUAACAAGAGAUCAAAGAGUAAUUAAAAAAAAAAAAUCCCAACAAAAAAAAAAAGCCCUAGCACAGGUGGCUUCACUGGAGAGUUCUACCAAACAUUCAGAGAAGAGCUCACACCAGUACUACUCAGACUAUUUCAGAGCAUAGAAAUGAAGGAAUACUCCCAAAUUCAUUUAUAAAGCCAGCAUAGCCCUGAUAUUAAAGCCAGGCAAAGACACUACAGAAAAAUAAUGAAAUUACAGACCAGUAUCUUUCGUGAAUAUAAAUGCAAAAAUUGUCAGCAAAAUUCUAGUCAAUAGGAUUUAGCAUCAUAUUAAAAAAAUAACACAACCAAGUAGGAUUCAUACCAAGUAUGCAAGGAUGGUUCAACAUUAGAAAACCAAUCAACAUAAUCAGCCACAAAAAUAGAACAAAAGAAAAGAAUCACAUGAUCAUCUGAAUCGAUGCAGAAAUGGCAUUUGAUAAAGUCCAACACCCAUUCCUGAUAAAACUUCUCUAUAAAAUAGGAAUAGAAAGGAAAUUCCUCAACAUAAUAAAUGGCCCUGGUGGCACAGUGAUUGAAAGCUAUGGCUGCUAACCAAAAGGUCAGAAGUUCGAAGCUACCAGCCACUCCUUGGAAACUCUGUGGUGCAGUUCUACUCUGUCCUAUAGGGUCACUAUGAGUCAGAAUCAAUUCAAGGGCAACGGGUUUGUUUUUUGUUUUUUUUUUUUAGUACAAAACCAACAGCCAACAUCAUUCUAAAUAGAGGCUGAAAGCAUUCCCCUGAGAACAGUAACAAGACAGGGAUGCUCUUUAUCACCACUCCUAUUUAACAUUGUGCUGGAAGUCCUAGCUAGAGCAGUAAAGCAAGAAAAAGAAAUAAAACACAUCUAAGUUAGAAAGGAAGAAGUAAAAAUAUCCCUAUCCACAGAUGAUAUGAUACUAUACAUAGAGAACCCCAAAGACUUCCCAAGAAAACUCCUGGAACUAAUAGAAAGCCUCAGCAGCGUAGCGGGAUACAAGAUCAACAUACAAAAAUCAGUUGGAUUCGUAUACAUGAGCAAAGAGAACUUUGACAAGGAAAUCAGGAAAACAAUACCAUUUUAUAACAAACCAAAAAACCAAACCUACUGCUGUCGAGUUGAUUCUGACUCAUAGUGACCCUAUAGGGCAGAGUUCUAACUGCCCCAUAGAGUUUCCAAGGAGCGCCUGGUGGAUUUGAACUGCUGACAUCUUGAUUAGCAGCCAUAGCACUUAGCCGCUAUGCCACCAGACCAUGUAUAAUAACUCCUAAAAAGAUAAAAUACUUAGGAAUAAAUCUAACCAGGGAUGUAAAAGAUCUAUAUGAAGAAAACUAUAAAACGCUAUUUCAAGAAACCUAAAGGGAACUAUGUAAAUGAAAAAACACACCAUGCUCAUAGAUAGGAAGACUCAACAUUGUGAAAAUGUCAAUUCUACCCAAAGUAAUCUACAGAUAUAAUGCAAUCCUGAUCCAAAUACCAGCAGCAUUCUUUAAUGAGAUGGAAAAACUUAUCACCAACUUUAUGUGGAAAGACGCCCCAGAUAAAAAAAAAAGCAUUAUUUAAAAAAAAAAAGAAAAAAGUAGGAGGCCUUACACUCCCUGAUUUCAGAAUCUAUUGCACAGCCAGCCACAGUAGUCAAAACAGCCUGGUACUGGUACAGCAACAGACACAAAGACCAGUGGAAUAGAGUCGAGAACCCAGACAUAAAUCCAUCCCCUUCUGUUCAGCUUAUCUUUGACAAUAGACCAAAGUCCAUUAAAUGGGGAAAAGAUAGUCUUUUUAACAAAUGGUGCUGGCAAAACUGGAUCUCCAUCAGUUAAAAAAAAAAAAAUGAACAAGACCCAUACCUCAUACCAUACACAACAAACUGAAAAUGGAUCAAAGACCUAAAUAUAAAACAUAAAAUGAUGAAGAUCAUGGAAUAAGAAAUAGGGACAACACUAGAGGUCCUAAUAAAAAAAAAAAAAAAAUACAUGGCAUAAAUAGAACACAAACUAUAACUAACAAUGCACAAACACCAGAAGAUAAACUAGAUAACUGGGAAUUCCUAAAAAUUAAACGCUUAAGCUCAUCAAAAGACUUCAUCAAAAGAGUAAAAAAAGAACCUACAAACUGAGGAAAAAAAUUUGACUGUGACAUAUCCCACAAAGGUCUUAAUCUCUAAAAUCUAUUGAAUACUUCAAGUCAACAACAGAAAGACAUACAAUCCAAUUUCAAAAUGGGAUGAAUAGACGCUUCACCAAAAAAGACAUUCAGGCAGCUAAUAGACACAUGAAGAAAUUCUUGCGAUCAUUAGCCAUUAGAGAAAUGCAAAUCAAAACUGUAAUGAGAUACCAUCUCACCCUGACAUUACUGGCACUAAUCAAAGAAACAGAAAAUAAUAAAUGUUGGGGAGAUUGGAACUCUUAUGCACAGCUGGUUGGAGUGUAAAAUGGUACAACCACCAUGUAAAAUGAUGUGGCACUUCCUUAAAAAGCUAGAAUUAGAAAUACUAUAUAAUCCAGCAAUCCCACUCCUAGGACUAUAUCCUAGAAAAGUAAGAGCCAUCACACGAAUAGACAUAUACACACCCAUGUUCAUUGCAUCAUUAUUCACAAUAGCAAAAAGAUGGAAACAACCUAAAUGCCCAUCAACAGGUAAAUGAUAAAUUAUGGUACACACACAAUGGAAUACUAUGCAACAAUAAAGAACAACCAUGAAUCCAUCAGACAUCUCACAACAUGGAUGAAUGUGGAGAGCAUUGUACUUAGUGAAAUAAGUCAGUCACAAAAGGACAAAUAUUGUAUGAGACCACUAUUAUAAGAGCCCAAGAAAAGACUUACAAACAGAAAAAAGCAAUCUUUGAAGGAUGGGGAGGGAAAAUCACUAACUAGAUAGUAGACAGAUGUUAACUUUAGUGAAGGGAAAGACAACACACGAUAUAGGGAAAGUCGGCACAAUUUAACCAAGGCAAAGUCAUAGAAGCUUCCUAGACACAUCCAAAAACCUUGAGGGACCGAGUUACUGGGGCUGAGGACUGGGGACCAUGGUCUCGGGGGACAUCUAGGUCAAUUGACAAGACAGUUCAUAAAGAAAAUGUUCCACAUCCUACCUUGGUGAGUAACAUCUGGGGUCUUAAAAGCUUUGGAACAGCCAUGUAAGAUACAGCUAUUGGUCCCAUCUCGUCCGGAGCAAAGGAAAAUGAAGAAAACCAAAGACACAAAGAAAAUAUUAGUCCAAAGGACUAAUGAACCACAGCCCCACCUGCCUAAGCCCAAAAGUACUAGAUGAUGCCUGCCUACCACCACCGACUACUCUGUCAGGGAUCACAAUACAUGGUCCAGGCCAGACCUGGAGAAAAAUGUAGAUCAAAAUUCAAAUUCAUAAAAAAAGACCAGACUUAACUGGUCUGACAGGGACUGGAGGAACCCCUGAGACUGUGGCCCCCAGACACCUGCUAACUCAGAAACAAAGCCACUCCUGAAGUCCACCUUUUAGCCGAAGGUUAGUCAGGCCUAUGAAACAUGUGAGGAACGUGCUUCUUAGUUCAAUCAAGUAUACGAGACCACAUGGGCAUCACCUGCCCAAAAGCGAAGAGGAGAAGGCAGGAAGGGACAGGAAAACAGGACUAAUGAACUCAGGGAACCCAGGGUGUAAAGGGAAACAGGGACAGUGCAGGCACAAAGCCGGGAUUGCAACCAAUGCCACAAAACAAUUUGUGUAUAAGUUUUUGAAUGAGAAACUAAUUUGUGCUGUAAACUUCCAUCUAAAGCACAAUAAAAUAAUAAAAUAUUUCCAUUGCCUUUAUUUUUUUCACAAUUUUUAUAUUAGUAGCUUGACAUGGGCCAUUUCUUAUGUAUCUGCAAGAAGAAGACAGUAAAUCAUCUUUGUGUAUACAUGGUUGACUUGUUUUCUAAGUAAAACUUGAGGACUUUGCUUGUUUGAGGGCUUGGGGUUUUUUGUUGUUGGUUGAUUGGUUGGUUGUUUUGGUUUGUUUCCCAAAUACAGCACAUAUUAAAUAUUGGCUUUUUGCUUCAGUGUUCAAAAAUAUCUUCAAGUGCAAUUCUCUAGGAGUGCAGAAAGUACCUUGUGCAACAGUUUUUUAAGUGCCUUUUACAAAUUGUAUUUUACAUCUGGAUUUUUAGCCUUGGUUUAAAAAGUUAUAAUCCAUAGGCUGUGCUAGCAGUGAUAUUGAUUCUUUUCUCUGAAUAGAAGUCUUCAUUUUGAUGUGAGAAAUACAGAUCUACGUUUUUAAUUAUGUAAGAUUUCAACCAGAUAUUCUAGCACAAAUCCUAUGGUAACUAAAGGCUGCCUUGAUUAAAAUAAUAAGCAGUUCUUUGGUAUGAUGUUAAGACCAUAAAGAAAAAAGGCAGGAUAUUAUCUAAAAUGGUUAAGGAUAAUUAGGAAAUUAAUGUCCUCUUUGUUAUCAGGAUUAAGUAUGUGUUUGUUUUAAGCCCUUUCAAAUUACCAUAGUACUUUACUCAUGAUAGUUAGUAAAUAUCUGUGAAGUGAAUGAAAGAACACUUGCCUGCCAUGGUUGUGCCAAGAAUAAAGGCUGUGUAGAGUGUCCGUGGGGAUCCUGAUUCUAGCAGAACUUUAACCUAAUGACAGCUGCAACCAAGGCAGCGUGUUACUGAAUCGGUUAGCUCUUUGGGUUAUAACGAGCAGAUAAUCAUUUAAGUUACCUUGAGUAAUUGAUAGUUUUUUGUAAAGUGGCCCAGAAAUAACUGAACAGCCAGGUUUCAGGAAGAGCAGGAACCAGAGGAAGGUCUUCCUGGAUCCUAGGGACUCGAUAGUUCUUGGAUCUUUAAUACUCCAUCAUUAUUUGACUGAGCUACCCUCUGCAUGUCUGUUCUGUACUCCACUCUCCUCUCUACGUAAAGGCUGUCUCUGGUGGUGUAGUUAAGGCUCCCUUCCAACUCUGCCAGUGUCAUGGGCUACUUUGUGUUUCACGGUGUCCAUUCAGCUUCAGCUCACAUAGUAAACUGCCUCAUUCUUGUCACGUUUCUUAGUCCGGAUUCCCAAGAGAGAGAAUGUUAUUGAGCCUAGUUUAUGUUUUGGAUUCAGACCCUGAAUGUAAAUCACUGACUGCUCUUGGAUCAAGUACCCCAGUGCAAUCAGCUGCAGUGUAGGGAGCCCAGGGUUCUGAGCCCCAGAGUACUGACACUUCUGCAGGGGUUAUAGACUAGGCAGCGUUUCUAAGAAAGAGAAAAUGGGAUUGGCCAGCAUUCGGAGACUUACUCUGCAAUUAAGUUAACAAAUGCCACCAAAGAUCCUUUUGCUGUAAGCAUUAUGUUAAUUUGUUAAUUAAAAUUUUAUUUGUGUUGACAGUUAUUUUCCUCCAUGCUAGCAUAAAUAAAGCCUUUAUUCAUUAAUUGGCCUAUUUUGCUUUCCAGCUAAGACAUUUGCUUAGGUCUAUGAGUCGGAAUCGACUCGAAGGCGAUGGGCUGGGAUGGGAGUCCACAAACAUAGUAGAAUUUUUUUUAUUCUUAAAUUUUUAUUUCAUUUUAAUUUUUUUAAUUCUCCAGUUUAAUAAUCUUAGAGACACAGAAUGUAUUGGAAGGUGCAAGAGGAUGUUUACUGGCAGAAAUUGUUGUGAUAUUCACUGUACUUCUCAAGGGUAGGGCCCACAGAUUAGCUCUUAUAAGUGAUUUAUUGCUUUGAUUGGUACGAGAGACAGCUUUUGUCUCAAUUCAGCCAGCCAUAGAGAUUGAAAUUUUUUUAUUUGUAAUGUACUAAAUGAAAAUUCGAGCAGCGGCAUGCUGACCUGUAUCCCUAACCUCUUCCUGGAUCAGGACAUUUAAAGUUAAUGAUUGUGACUCACUCUUAUUUUUUUUAAUCUUUUUAUAGCAAAAUGUAUCAUGCAGACAAAACUGUAGAUAUGACAUACAUGUACACUUUUGUCAUGGAUUGAAUUAUGUCCCCCCAAAAAUGUGUGUAUUAACCUGGUUAGUCCAUGAUUCCCAGUAUUGUGUGAUUGUCCUCCAUUUUGUGAUUAUAAUUUUACCUUAAGAGGAUUGGGCUGGGAUUGUAACACCACCCUUACUCAGGUCAGCUUCCUGAUCCAAUGUAAAGGGAGUUUCCCUGGGGUGUGGCCUGCAAACAGAGAGUUGGGGUCAUCAUACCACCAAGAAAGAAGCACGGGAGUAAAGCACAUCCUUUGGACCCAGGGUUCUUGCGCAGUGAAGCUCUUAGUACAGGGGGAGAUUGAUGAGAAGGACUUUGCCCCAGAGCCAACAGAGAGAGAAAACCUACCCCUGGAGCUGACACCCUGAAUCUGGACUUGUAACCUACUAGACUGUGACAGAAUAAAUUUCUCUUUGUUAAGGCCAUCCACUUCUGGUAUUUCUGUUAUAGCAGCAGUAGAUGAUUUUUUUUUUAGAUGAUUAAAACAACAUUAAAGAGUAAUAGCAAAGAAAACGAACACCCUGUGCCUCUACCCUCUUAAGGAAAUAGAACAUUGCCAAUGCCUUUGAGCCAUCUUUGGGCCAUUCCCCAAUCAUAUAACCUCCUCUCCCCAGAGAUAAUUAGUAUUCUGGAUUUUCUGCCAACUUAUAUGCUUUUACUUUAUAGUUUUACUACAUGUGCCGUUACCUCUAAACAAUAUGUUUUUUAGCCUACCUCAUUUUUAAUUUUAUAUGAGUGGAAUGGUAUUGUGCAGCUUGUUUUUUUUUUUAGCUCAGCAUUAUUUUUGAAACUCAUCCAUGUUUCUGCUAUAUGGCAUUCUGUUGUGUAAAUAUACAAUUUAUUUAUUCACUCCACUGUUGAUAAGCUUUUUUCCCAGUUAUUUUGCUGUUACAAAUAAGGCUUCUGUUCUUGUAUGUGUCUCCUGAGGCAUAUGUUCAAGAGUGCCUCAGUCUAAAGUAUCGGGAUAGAAUUGCGACAUUUGGGCAUACACACCUUCAGCUUUAUUGGGUAAUACCAAAGUGUUUUCCAAAUGGUUCUAUCAAUUCACAUUCUCAACUGUGUAUAUGAGUUCAUGGUAUUCACAUCAUCCCCAAUAUUUUAUAUUACCAAGCUUUUUAAUAUUUUCAAUGCAAUGUUUGUGUAAUUAUUUCUCCAGGGCUGCUGCUGGUCAUACAUAAUUUUGUACAAAUGACACGGAGGCACCCCUUCCAGGCAGAUGGCGGCAAGAGGAUCAAGGUCCAGGUUUCAGCCCCUACUGACCCUCAGCCAGAAGCAGAGGAUGCUAGGAUGCAAAAACAACGAAUCGCACUUUAUCCAGUAACCCAGGUUGGCAAAGAUUCUUUUGGCAAUGAUCAUAUAGAAAACUUAAAACGGAAUGAUAUUUCUACAGAAUUUACAUAUCAGACUAAAGAUGCUGCUACAGGAACUGCUUCUAUAAUUGUCAAUAAUGAAGGACAGAAUAUAAUCAUCAUAGUGGCUGGAGCAAAUUUACUUUUGAAUAGUGAAGACCUGAAGGAAGCAGCCAGUGUCAUUAGCAGAGCCAAAGUAAUGAUCUGCCAGCUAGAAGUUACGCCAGCGACUUCUUUGGAAGCGCUUACAAUGGCCCGCACCAGUGGAGUAAAAACAUUGUUCAAUCCAGCUCCUGCCAUUGCUGACCUGGAUCCCCGGUUCUACACCCUUUCAGAUGUGUUCUGCUGCAAUGAAAGUGAGGCUGAGAUUUUAACUGGCGUCACGGUUUGCAGCCCUGCAGAUGCUGGGAAGGCUGCACUGGUGCUGAUGGAGAGGGGCUGCCAGGUCGUCAUCAUCACUUUAGGUGCUGACGGAUGCGUGAUGCUGUCACGAACAGAGCCCAUCCCAAAGCACAUUGUCACAGAGAAGGUCAAGGCUGUGGAUACCACGGGAGCUGGUGACAGUUUUGUGGGAGCUUUGGCCUUCUACCUGGCUUACUAUCCAGAUCUGCCCAUGGAAGAAAUGCUCAAGAGAUCCAAUUUCAUCGCAGCAGCCAGCGUCCAGACUGCAGGAACACAGUCAUCUUAUCUAUACAAAAAGGACCUGCCCCUUCAUCUGUUUUGAUUGCUGUUAACCUCAAAACAAAUGCACUGGAAAUAAAAUGUACUUGGGGGUGGACACUUUUAGCUGGCAGUUUACCAUAAAAUGUCCUAUUCUCCUUUGCAAAUACUGUGUUCUUUACUAGCAGUCAUCCUCAAGUUUUCAUUUAUUUAUAAUUCCUUUGCUUUGCAUACAUUUGUAAUAGCCAACCAGAAUUGAGGAUUCCAUGACCACAAUCUGUUCAAUCACCAUUAUUCAGAGACCAGCAAACCUCUAUUGCCAGUGGAUCAUUAAUGUUGUAGUUGUACACCAUCUAGCAGGGGCUACGGGCAAGUGUGUAGAGUCAGAACAGGGAAUGUUAUAUAUGGGAAGGGAACAGACGAUCUUGACUGCUCAGUCGAAGAGGGGCAGUUGAUAUUUAGCUUUAGUUUGGUGUUUCCGAAGCCUCUGGUUUUUUAAGUCAAAAAUUUGGAAAUGUAUUGAAAUCUUCUAAUAAAUAUCAGCAACUGAUUUAUUAGAAAUGUAA